AUCAAUCCUCCAGCCCAGCCAACCCAAUCAUUCCGAACCCGCGAUUCCUAUCCCAUCACCCCACCCCCACCGCACCGCCACGCGCCCCGCGUGUUCUCUUCGCGGCUUUUCCCCUGCUCUUCCUCCUCCUCCUCGGGGUCCCAACGGCCGGCGAGGCCAAGAAUUCUCUGCCCUGCCCUGCCCUGGCCCUGGCACGAUCCUCGCCCGGUCCGAGUGACGGCCUGCUGGCCCCUCCGGCGGUUGAUGAUGUCAUGUGGCCCCUCUGCUUCAUCUCGGACAGGCUGUUCAAGGUGCCGGGAGACGACGGCGGCGACGGCGACGGCCCGGGCGCGCCGCUGCCCCCCGACGGCCGAAUCCCGCUAGCACGCCGAUCCUACUUCAUCGAUGUCCCUCACGUGCAGCAGGCCUUCACCUGGGACUGCGGCCUCGCUUGCGUGCUCAUGGUGCUCAGGACCCUGGGACUUGAUUGCUGCCACGGCAUUGCCGAACUCGAGAAGCUCUGCCGCACCACAAGCGUCUGGACAGUCGACUUAGCAUAUCUGUUACACAAGUUUUCAGUUAAUUUUUCGUUCUUUACUGUGACUAUCGGAGCAAAUCCGCAGUAUUCUGCAGAAACCUUUUAUAGGGAGCAAUUGCAAGAAGACAUUGACCGAGUGGAUGAGCUGUUUGGCAAAGCAUUUGAUGCUGGAAUCAGUAUUCAAUGCAGAUCCAUCAGUGCGUAUGAUAUUGCUUUUCUACUUUUAUCCGGACACUGCAUUGCAAUUGCACUAGUGGAUAAAUCAAAGUUAAAUUCCUCUUGGAUGAAUGAUGUACAUGAUAUGCAACAGUUUGAUGAAGAUUCAGAUUACAUGGGGCAUUAUGUUGUAAUAUGUGGCUAUGAUGCUGAUGCUUGCGAGUUUGAGAUAAGGGAUCCAGCCAGUUCUAGAAAGCGUGAAAUGGUGCCCAUGAAAAGCUUAGAUGAGGCCCGCAAAUCGUUCGGGACUGAUGAGGACAUUCUUUUGGUGUCCUUAACUGGAAAAAAUGGGACGAAGCUGUCGCGUAAACUCCCGGUCGGCUCUCCAUAGACUGCUCACCAGCCUCCAGUCUCUCCUUGUGUAUACUCUGUACAUGCCCUUGUAGUUAUGCUUACCACCUGUCCAAGUUCGGUAUGUAGUUUGAGAAGGUUCUUACAGCCGAUAGGAACAGUGUCUAGUGAAGAUAGAAGAACAUGCUUAUGAGUUCAGGUAUCACCUCACUGAAGCUUCUGCAACCUGCGUGGCGGCGGCAACAAUGCUGCUCGGCACAAACUGCUUCCGUAAACAGGAACCGCCUCCGCUUCGAGCUCGAGCACUAGUUUCGCACCAUCAUAGCCGGGCAGAGAUGUAGCAUAUGUACAGAUAUAUCCACGAAUAAAAUGGUGGCCUCGGCGUGCCAUAUAUUAGUAUCCCAUUUCAAUCAUUUCUGGUACCUGAA